UCUCUCAUAUGCAUCUCGACUAAUAUAGAUCUUUAAUCGCGCUCGACGUGAAAUUGCCAGAAAUUCCUUCUAGCCGGGACCGGAAGGCUUCAGAGAGGGCAACAGACGCAAACCUUCGGGCACGAGUUCAGAGAGGUGACAGGGCACAACAUCCUAAGCGGAUUCGACGUCGAUUUCUUAGCAGAGUCUAUGGGCGUUAACAGGGAGGUGGCGAGGAGGCUCCAGAGCCAGAAUGACCAAAGGGGAGAGAUAGUCCGCGUCGAGCACGGGCUUCACUUGAUGCGGCCGUCGUUCGGGGAGCAGCAGCCGCCGAUGGAAGCAGAGGAGGAGAUGGAGAGAAGGGAGCAGAGGGGCUGUCCGUCCACCAACGGUUUGGACGAGACCUACUGCACCAUGAAGAUCAAGGAGAACAUCAACGAAGCAUCUCGCGCCGAUAUCUACAAUCCGCAGGGUGGGAGGAUCACCUACGUCAACACUCAGAAGCUCCCCAUUCUUAACCUUGUUCAGAUGAGUGCCGCUCGGGGAGUCCUCCGAAGGAACGCAAUGCUCGCACCCCUCUGGAGCAUCAACGCCCACAGCGUGAUGUUCGUCACACAAGGACACGCGCGAAUCCAGGUAGUGAACAACCAAGGGAGAACCGUGUUCGACGGUGAGGUCCGCCGGAACCAGCUCCUGGUCAUCCCGCAGAACUACGCAGUGAUCAUGCGGGCCGGGCGUGAGGGGUGCGAGUGGGUGUCGUUCAAGACCAACAGCAACGCCAUGGUGAGCCAGAUCACCGGGAAGGCCUCAGCCUUCAGGGGAAUGCCGGUGGACGUGCUCAUGAACUCUUACCGCCUCUCACGGGAAGAAGCUCUGAGGCUUAAGUUCAACAGGGGCGACGAGAUGGGCAUCUUCGCCCCCAAGUUCCAGAGGGCGUGGUCUUUCACGUGAUGCAUGCGGAGUGCGCUGUCGAUCUUCGUCGGAGUGGAUUUUGUUAGAGGAGAAGAUUUAAUAACAAGUAGAAUAAAAGGCAGCGAGCAAGCAGGUUGCUCUACCUGCGCACUUUGUCAUUAUGCUAUCUAAUAAGCAUGAGAAUAAAAGACAUUUUCAGCUGAUAAUUCUUUACAUGCUGUGAAAUUGUGAAUGUAUUUGAUGUGAAUCUGGUUUUUCAUUUUUUCUAAAUUGCAUUAAGAGCUUGAGCGACUCACUUAGAAUGAAGAGACUAUAACAGGCAUAAGCAUUCACCACAUUGGGGUACAAAACACGUGCCAAGGCUAA